GCGCUCACGUGACCUUUGCUCAUGGCGGCGGCGGCGGCGGCGGCGGUGCUGGUGGCGCUCGGCGGCCGGAGCCGGAUCCUGUAGCCGGGUGUGGGCCCGCGUCUGUCCGUCCCUCCUUCGGCCCCCUCUCUUGUCUUCCGGAGUGUGGCUGGCGGAGCCGGGAUGGCGGAACGAGGCCUGGAGCCGUCGCCGGCCGCGGUGGCGGCGCUGCCGCCUGAAGUGCGGGCGCAGCUGGCGGAGCUGGAGCUGGAGCUCUCGGAGGGGGACAUCACCCAGAAGGGCUAUGAAAAGAAAAGGUCCAAACUCCUAUCUCCUUACAGCCCGCAGACACAAGAAACUGAUUCAGCAGCACAGAAAGAACUUAGAAACCAGACACCUGCUCCAUCUGCAGCUCAAACUUCUGCUCCCUCUAAGUACCACCGAACUCGAUCUGGGGGAGCCAGGGAUGAACGAUAUCGAUCAGCAUGUAAUAAAGGAUUAUUAAGGAUCCAAAAAGAAUUCUCUCUUGUCAGAAUUUACUCUGAAGAUAUCCACACAGAAGCAGUUCAGGCUGCACUGGCAAAGCAUAAAGAACAGAAGAUGGCUUUGCCCAUGCCAACCAAAAGGAGAUCCACAUUUGUUCAGUCUCCUGCAGAUGCCUGCACGCCUCCUGACACAUCUUCGGCCUCUGAGGAUGAGGGCUCUCUGAGACGCCAAGCUGCGCUCUCUGCUGCCUUGCAACAGAGCUUACAGAAUGCUGAGUCCUGGAUCAACCGUUCAAUUCAGGGAUCGUCCACUUCUUCAUCCGCAUCUUCUACGCUGUCCCACGGAGAGGUCAAAGGAACCAGUGGGUCUCUAGCUGAUGUAUUUGCCAAUACUCGAAUAGAGAAUUUCUCUGCUCCUCCUGAUGUCACUACAACUACCUCUUCCUCCUCAUCAUCUUCCUCAAUUCGCCCAGCAAACAUUGACCUGCCCCCGUCGGGGAUAGUUAAAGGCAUGCACAAAGGAUCCAACAGGUCCAGCCUUAUGGAUACAGCUGACGGUGUUCCUGUCAGUAGCAGAGUAUCUACAAAAAUCCAGCAGCUUCUGAACACUCUGAAACGACCCAAAAGGCCUCCCUUAAAGGAAUUUUUUGUGGAUGACUCUGAAGAAAUUGUGGAAGGUAUACCUCAGCCAGACCCCAACCAGCCCAAGCCGGAGGGACGGCAGAUGACCCCUGUGAAAGGAGAGCCUUUAGGAGUCAUCUGUAACUGGCCUCCUGCUCUUGAAUCUGCCCUGCAGCGCUGGGGUACCACUCAAGCAAAAUGCUCCUGUCUGACUGCACUGGACAUGACAGGGAAACCAGUUUACACUCUUACAUAUGGAAAGUUGUGGAGCAGAAGUUUAAAGUUGGCCUACACACUUCUUAAUAAACUGGGGACCAAAAAUGAACCUGUGUUAAAACCUGGAGACAGGGUAGCCCUGGUUUACCCCAACAAUGAUCCAGUCAUGUUUAUGGUGGCUUUUUAUGGAUGCCUCCUGGCAGAAGUGAUUCCAGUGCCUAUAGAGGUACCUCUUACCAGAAAGGAUGCUGGAGGUCAGCAGAUUGGCUUCUUGCUAGGAAGCUGUGGUAUUGCCUUAGCUCUUACCAGUGAAGUUUGUCUAAAAGGACUGCCAAAAACCCAGAAUGGAGAAAUUGUACAGUUUAAAGGUUGGCCCCGGCUCAAAUGGGUUGUAACAGAUUCCAAGUACCUUUCAAAGCCACCGAAAGAUUGGCAGCCACACAUCUCACCUGCUGGGACAGAACCGGCGUACAUUGAGUAUAAAACAAGCAAAGAAGGAAGCGUAAUGGGAGUUACAGUGUCCCGGCUUGCAAUGUUGUCUCACUGCCAAGCUCUGUCGCAGGCCUGCAAUUAUUCUGAAGGGGAAACAAUAGUAAAUGUCUUAGACUUUAAGAAGGAUGCUGGGCUGUGGCACGGCAUGUUUGCGAAUGUAAUGAAUAAGAUGCACACAAUUAGCGUACCCUACUCUGUUAUGAAAACCUGUCCUCUCUCUUGGGUCCAAAGAGUACAUGCUCACAAAGCCAAGGUAGCUUUAGUGAAAUGUCGGGACUUGCACUGGGCUAUGAUGGCACAUCGGGACCAAAGAGACGUGAGCUUGAGUUCCCUCCGAAUGUUAAUUGUGACGGAUGGAGCUAACCCCUGGUCCGUGUCAUCCUGUGAUGCCUUCCUGAGUCUGUUCCAAAGCCAUGGACUGAAGCCUGAGGCCAUCUGUCCGUGCGCCACGUCUGCUGAAGCCAUGACUGUAGCAAUCCGCAGGCCUGGAGUUCCAGGAGCCCCUUUGCCAGGAAGAGCCAUUCUCUCAAUGAAUGGAUUGAGCUAUGGGGUAAUACGGGUCAAUACUGAAGAUAAAAAUUCAGCACUGACGGUCCAGGAUGUGGGGCAUGUAAUGCCUGGUGGGAUGAUGUGCAUUGUGAAACCAGAUGGACCUCCCCAGCUCUGCAAAACAGAUGAAAUUGGAGAAAUCUGUGUUAGCUCCAGAACUGGAGGCAUGAUGUACUUUGGGCUUGCUGGUGUGACAAAAAAUACAUUUGAGGUAAUUCCAGUGAAUUCUGCAGGCUCUCCUGUUGGGGAUGUGCCAUUCAUCCGAUCAGGAUUGCUGGGGUUUGUAGGGCCGGGUAGUUUGGUGUUCGUGGUUGGGAAAAUGGAUGGCUUACUGAUGGUUAGUGGUCGAAGACAUAAUGCUGAUGACAUUGUUGCUACUGGAUUGGCUGUAGAGUCAAUAAAGACUGUUUAUAGAGGAAGAAUUGCUGUGUUUUCUGUGUCUGUAUUUUAUGAUGAGCGCAUUGUGGUGGUUGCGGAACAAAGACCUGAUGCUUCCGAGGAAGAUAGUUUCCAGUGGAUGAGCCGCGUGCUGCAGGCGAUCGAUAGCAUUCAUCAAGUGGGGGUUUAUUGUCUUGCUCUGGUGCCGGCCAAUACAUUGCCAAAAACUCCACUAGGAGGAAUCCACAUAUCUCAGACGAAACAACUCUUUCUGGAGGGAUCACUGCAUCCUUGUAACAUCCUCAUGUGCCCCCAUACGUGUGUGACAAACUUGCCAAAGCCCCGGCAAAAACAACCAGGUGUAGGCCCUGCUUCCGUGAUGGUUGGGAAUCUGGUUGCUGGAAAACGUAUAGCACAAGCUGCUGGACGGGAUCUGGGACAAAUAGAAGAGAAUGAUUUGGUGAGGAAGCACCAGUUUCUGGCAGAGAUCCUACAGUGGCGAGCCCAGGCGACUCCUGACCAUGCACUCUUCAUGCUGUUAAAUGCCAAGGGAACCACUGUAUGCACAGCCAGCUGCCUUCAGCUUCAUAAGCGAGCAGAGAGGAUUGCAUCUGUUCUUGGUGAUAAGGGACAUCUAAAUGCAGGAGAUAAUGUGGUGUUGCUCUAUCCACCUGGCAUUGAGUUAAUCGCCGCCUUCUAUGGCUGCCUGUAUGCGGGCUGUAUACCUGUGACCGUCAGACCUCCACAUGCUCAGAACCUCACGGCCACACUGCCCACUGUCCGAAUGAUUGUUGAUGUCAGCAAAGCAGCCUGUAUUCUCACCAGUCAGACCCUAAUGAGGCUACUGAGGUCCCGAGAGGCAGCAGCAGCUGUGGAUGUGAAAACCUGGCCAACCAUCAUUGACACAGAUGAUUUACCCAGGAAAAGGUUACCUCAGCUGUAUAAACCGCCCACUCCUGAGAUGUUGGCAUAUCUUGAUUUUAGUGUCUCCACAACUGGCAUGCUUACAGGAGUGAAGAUGUCCCACUCUGCAGUGAACGCUCUGUGUCGAGCCAUCAAGCUCCAGUGCGAGUUGUACUCUUCUCGGCAGAUCGCCAUCUGCCUUGACCCUUACUGUGGACUUGGCUUCGCGCUCUGGUGUCUCUGCAGUGUCUAUUCAGGCCACCAGUCUGUCUUAAUUCCUCCUAUGGAGUUAGAGAACAACCUUUUCCUCUGGCUCGCCACAGUCAACCAGUACAAAAUAAGGGACACUUUCUGCUCCUAUUCAGUGAUGGAGCUCUGCACCAAAGGUCUUGGCAACCAAGUGGAAGUGCUAAAGACCAGAGGGAUCAACCUCUCCUGCGUCCGGACCUGUGUGGUGGUGGCGGAGGAGAGGCCCCGUGUUGCACUCCAGCAGUCCUUCUCUAAGCUCUUCAAAGACAUCGGGCUGUCCCCGCGGGCUGUCAGCACCACUUUUGGAUCAAGAGUCAAUGUGGCAAUAUGUUUACAGGGAACCUCAGGGCCUGAUCCGACUACCGUGUAUGUGGAUCUGAAAUCACUAAGACAUGACAGGGUUCGUCUCGUGGAACGCGGCGCCCCUCAGAGUUUGCUUCUCUCAGAGUCUGGAAAGAUUUUACCUGGAGUGAAAGUGGUUAUUGUUAAUCCUGAGACCAAAGGGCCGGUUGGAGACUCUCACCUUGGAGAGAUUUGGGUGAACAGUCCCCAUACAGCCAGCGGCUACUACACCAUCUAUGAUAGUGAGACUCUUCAAGCUGAUCAUUUCAACACUCGCCUCAGCUUUGGAGAUGCAGCUCAGACACUCUGGGCUCGGACAGGAUACCUUGGUUUUGUCCGCCGGACCGAGCUCACAGCGGCCACUGGAGAGCGUCAUGAUGCAUUGUAUGUGGUGGGGGCGCUGGAUGAAACACUGGAGCUGAGAGGAUUACGAUACCACCCAAUUGAUAUUGAGACCUCGGUGUCCCGGAUCCACAGAAGCAUUGCUGAAUGUGCCGUGUUCACAUGGACCAACUUGCUUGUGGUGGUUGUGGAACUGUGCGGCUCUGAACAGGAAGCUCUAGAUCUGGUCCCAUUAGUGACCAACGUGGUCCUGGAAGAGCAUUACCUCAUCGUUGGCGUCGUGGUUGUGGUGGACCCAGGUGUCAUCCCGAUCAACUCCAGAGGAGAGAAGCAGAGGAUGCACCUCCGUGAUAGCUUCCUAGCUGACCAGUUAGACCCCAUCUACGUGGCUUAUAACAUGUAACCAGCCUUGUGGGGACUGCAGGGGGCCAUUCUGAAGAAUCACAAAGACAGAAGACCUCUGGCUAAGAGCAGGCUUUCAAACGAUGUGAAAUAAGCUGAGAUGGCUACAUGAUAUAAUUCAUCUCAUCCUGUGGCAUUCUGCAAUCAUAAAACACACAGGAAAGGGGAAUUCUGUGAUGGCAAAUGAAAAAAAUGUUAACAUUUGGUAGACAUGUGCUUUGACAUAGCGUGAGCAGCACAUUACUAAAGCAAUUACGUGCAUGUUGCAUUUUUUUCAUCUGUUGUACAUAGUUGUAUUUUUAUCUAAUGCCAUUUUAGAAUUUUCUAAGGGAAUUUAAUGAAUUCACAUGAAAGGGGUAGUCUGAGUGACACAGUUCCUCACUCCGUACUGUAUUUUGCCAUUCUGCUGUAGCUAGAUGUUCUGUGGGGUUUAACAUGGAACUACUCAGCUUUCUUUCAGUCAACCCAUAAGCAAAUCAGAUAACCCACUGACUAUGAGAAUUACUUUAUAUAGAUAAUUCUUGACUGUAAAACAUUUUGACCAGUGUUUUACAACAUGUACAUAAGAAUACACAUAAUUCAACUAGAGAUUUGAAGAAUUGGCUUGUAUAGUUAUAACAACCACAGUAGAAACAUUUCUACUUUGAGAGAAUUUCAAUAUUCUCUUAAUGUUGUGUAAUUGAUUAGGUAACUAAAAAGUGCAAAUUGUUGGCAGGUUUUGCUGCACAUUGUUCUAUGUCUUUGUUGGCUGGUGUAUUUUAUAAACUAAAGCUGCCUAUGUUUGUUUUUAAAGCUCGCAUUCCCAGAAUCAGCUUAGGCUUCUAUGAAUUCAGCCUGUUUCUAAAAGCUGAAAAUCUCAGUUUAAAAAUCAAAAUGUUAACACAAAGCUAAGAUUCAUCAGAGCCCACCCCAUUCUAAGGAACCACAAUAACUUACUCUGGCCCCAGUGUUAAAACGAUCUUUCAGAUUUAGAGUGACUAUGUAAGAAUUUAGGAUUUCCUCUUUUCCAGGCCCGUUGUAAACUGUGUCUACAGUUUAUCCAUAUAACUUCUCUUUUCUGAAAACUGAGGAGUGUCCUCUGUUCUUCCAGUUUAUGAGGGCAGGGGGUUUAAAACAAGAAUGAUAGGCCAGGAAGGCAGUGGGGAUCCACUGUCACAUGGAACUGUAAGGCCAUAUAACUACACAAAACUGACCAAUCUGGGUUGCCAAAGCAGCCAGGCUUACGCUGAAACCGGGGAAGUCUGACGUAUGCAGGAAACUCUUUUGAAAUAACGGUGGUGCCCAGGCCAAGCAGAAUGAGACGGGACUGAGUUCGGCCUCUGGCUCGGCUUCCUUUCUUUGGUCUGAUACUUCAUGUAUUUGAAUAUAGUUAAAUCGUAUUAUUUUUUUCUUAACAGAAAUAUUUUUAAAAAUGAAAAAGUACUCAAAAGUGAAAAGAGUUAACUUGUUAAAGCAGAAUGGUUCUCUUUGACCCACUCUGGUCUAUUGUGUAAAUAUUUAUUUAGACUAUUUUAAUAAUACAUAUUAUUUACCCCACUGUAACAUCAUGUAAACUAAGUAUGUUUUUAAACAAUUUUUAAGACUUGUAAUUACCCUGAAAAUAAGGUUUAUAAUGCAAAGACCAGCUCCUUUGCGGUGGCAGUGCUCUAGGGCUGCCAUUACACGGUCUUGUGACUAAAAGCCACUUUGUGACUCCCUUCAUGUAAUCCUCUUUUCCUCCCCACUCCUCCACAGAGGGCAGAGCUCAGGACAUUUGCCAGUUCCAGAUCUCUUUUUCAACAUUUUGAUGGAAUUAAUUUACACGUAGUGAGGGAAGUCCUAGGAUGGACAGAAAAAAAGCACUUACAUUGGGGCGCACAGGAAAUCCCAGUGUCUAGCGAUGGUUUGGUUUGCAGAGAACACAGUCUGAUACUUGGAAAGUAAUUUUCUUAAAACUAUGUUUAAUGAUCCACUAAACAAAGCAGGGGAUCCUGAAGCUGAUAUAAAUAAGUCUAGCUCUAUAAUCCCCAAGUUCUAAAAGUUAUGAUUAGAUGCUAUUCUGUGGGUUGCUUUGAUAAUUCUUACUAACACAGAUUAGGGUAUAGGCAUGUAGAGAUGCACUGUCCACUGUAAAUACUAUAAUGAGAGCCACGUCUGUAAUUUAAAUGAUUCUAGUAACCACAUUUUUUUUAAAGUAAAAAGAAACCCAUGAUAUUGAUUUAAAUAUAUUUUAUCUAACCCAAUAGCUCAAAAACACUAUCAUUUCAACAUAGGAUCAAUAUAAAAAUUAUUAAUGAGUUAUUUUACUUUUUUUCAUAUUAGGCCUUUGAAAUUCAGUGUGUAUUAAACACAUCUCAAUUCAAACCAUCGCCAUAUUUCAAGUCUUUGUAGCCAAAUGUGACUAGUGGCUACCAUAUUAGACAGUGCAGAUCUACACUCAUUCCUUCAAAUACAUUACUCCGUUAAUCUUAAAGUGUGGCCAACUCCCAGUUACUCAGAGGCUGAUUAUCUAGUUUUGUAGUUCCUCAGGCCUCUAAUUUAUUUUUUGCUUUCUGCUUUAUUGAUCUUUUGCAUGUCCCCCAAAGCCAGAAUCUGCUCUUGGAGGAAGGAAGGCUAAGAACUGUCCUUGAGGAACUUCAUCAGUAACUCUGGUAAAGCAUCCUGUGGAGGGAGAGGAGAGCCCAGUCAUUUGCUUAGAUGGUGUUUGUGGGAUCACGUGCAGAUUUAACGUCUACUCUGCUACAGACUCGAGUAAGAAAAUGUUCUCUUGAUGACACAGUGCUCCUACUCUAUCCACAUUAAGUAGCACCUUUGUGGUAGAACUGAUUCUUAAGGCAGGCCUGAAAGGCCAUUACUAAUAGAAACAGAGCCUUUCCAAUCCUCUGGAACAUACUCUGUCUGGGUUUUUAAUGACUGUGGAAAAAAACUGAACAAGCCCCUGUCUCAGUUAAGAGAAAUCUAUUGGUCUGAAGGUUUCUGAACCUCUUUCUGGUUCUCAGCAGAAGUAACUGAAGUAGAUCAGGAAGGGGCUGCCUCAGGAAAAUUCCUAGAUCCUAGGAAUUCAGUGAGACCCUGGGAAGGACCAGCAUGCUAAUCAGCGUCAGUGAAUCCACAGUCUUUACUUCCUGCCUCAUAAAGGGCCAGGUCUCCCCAGUACCAGGUCCUUUCCUCAUGAAGUUGUGUUGCCUCAGGCUGUUUAGGGACCAUUGCCUGUCUUGGUCACAUGAGUCUGUCUCCUUACUUUAGUCCCUGGGCAAUGCUUGCUUAAUGCUUUUGUUGACUCAACAAGGGCCCGAGGCUUUAGGUUUUCUAUUAAGGUCUCUGCCCCAGGCAUGGUGCUCUAUAUCUUGGCCAAAUAAAUUACUUUCCUUGAAUAUCCAGGAAUCUUUUAAACUAAAGCAAUGAGGAGUUAUCACCUCAUCCUCAAACUCCAACAAGAUCUAUGCCUUAGUGUUGUUUUUGUUGUCUGCUUUGAUGUAAAAUCAAGAGUAUUUGGAGCAAGAAGCUGCAAUGCACCAAAUACACAAUAGGCCUUUUCUUUAUCAUUCAUACGACAUUUCUGGUUUAGGUGUAUGUAGAUGGGCCAUGUUAUUUGUCCAGAGGAAGAGACUGUAAAGAUAAAAGAAUAAUUUUUUAGUCCUAAUACUGUUUUGUUUACUUUCUGUCAAGAUAUUUACCCGUGUCAAAUUCAAACUACAGUACUGUGUAAUUAUGUAUAAAGUUUUUUUAUUUAUUUGAAGUUAGACUAGAUAUACAUUUUAAAAUUUAACAUCUGGCUGGACAGUGUUCUAUUAACUCAUUGAAUGUGUUUCCUUUGUCUUGUGUUAAUAAAUAUUGAUGCCUGA